CGCCUGCACUCUGGCUGCAACGAUCGUCGCCAUCCCGGCGGUCUCCAUCCUGCUGCUGCGCGUGCUGGCUCCGCCGGCGCACGACACGCUAGGCAUGCUCACGAUCGCGCUGCUGCCGGGCGGCCCGAUGGCCAACGUGAUCGCCGUCCUCGCCGGGGCUAAUACAGACCUGAAUGCGUGCCUGACCGCCACUGAGCAGUGCGUGUCCGUGGUGCUCGUCUCGCUCGGCCUCCUCGUGGUCUAUCCGCUGGCCUUCGACGCCAGCCAGGUCGUGCACAUCCCGUACAGGCAGCUCGCCUCCUCGCUCGCCUCCACAGUCUAUCCGCUCGGCCUCGGCAUGCUCGCCUCGUGGCGCAUCAGCCUGCUCCCCGCCGUCCGCGCCGCGUCCGACGAGCAGAAGCGGCGGUGGAGGGGGCGGCUGCACGUGGCCGUGCUCUCCGUCUUCGCCGUCACCGUCUUGUCGAACCUCUUCGCACGGCCAGACCCGUCGAGUGCGAGCCUGCAGGGCGCGCGGUCCGUCCUCCUCCCCCGCGUCACCCUGGUCGCCUCCGCCUGCUUCGCCCUCCUCGUCCUCGCGACCGGCGCGGGGCUCGCCUGCCUGCUGCCCGGCCAGCCGGCAAAGAACCGCACCUCGAUGAUCCUCGAGGUUGGCAUCCGCGAUAUCGCCCUCGCGCUGCCGCUCCUCACCUUCGGGCUGCCCUCCCUCCCCCUCGCCGAGCAGCUGCAGGUCCUGUGCGCCGCCCUCUUCGCCGCGGCGCUCACCAAUGCGGGCACUGUCGUGGUGGCCCUGGCCUACGGCGCGCCUACAUGGUCGCUGGUGAGGCAUUGCAAGCGAGCGAAGCCGGACGACCCGGCGGCGGAGACCCGAUCCGACACCUCGGACGAGGGGAGCGGGCUCACGGCUCACAUGCAGCUAUAGCUCUCGUUUUUGCGGUAUUCGUUGUGAAAAAGCACUAGUGUGUGUAAGUGUGUGUA